GAUCUUCACUCGGAGACAUCGUGACAUAUCUGUGUCUGUCUAGAAAUAUGUCUUUGAGACGAGCGUUGCAUUUUGUUUUUAAAGUUGGUGACAGAACCAAAACUGCCACGUUUUACCGAGAUGUUCUGGGUAUGAAGAUUUUGCGUCAUGAAGAAUUUGAGGAAGGCUGCAAAGCAACGUGUAAUGGCCCAUACGAUGGAAAAUGGAGCAAGACAAUGGUUGGCUUCGGCCCUGAAGAUGACCAUUUUGUUGCUGAACUGACGUACAAUUAUGGGGUGGGAGAGUAUCAACUUGGGAAUGACUUCUUGGGGCUCACCCUGCAGUCGAGCCAGGCUGUGAGCAACGCUAAACGUCUGGGAUGGCCUCUGACUGAGGUAGGAGAGGCUCUGUAUCUGACCCAUGCUCCGGGAGGGUAUCCUUUCUACCUCGUGGACAAAGAGCAGCCUUCCAGUGACCCGGUGCAGAAGGUUUGUCUUGGAGUAUCAGACCUCCAGAGAUCGACCCGCUACUGGACUACACUUUUAGGAAUGAAGGUGAUGGAAAAGAAUGAAGAAAAGAAAACAGUGCUCAUGGGAUUUGCAGACACUCAAUGUAAACUGGAGCUUUAUGACAACAGUGGCACAGUAGAUCAUGGAACAGCGUUUGGGAGAAUUGCAUUUUCAUGCCCACGGGAGCAACUGCCUGGCCUGGAAGCCUUGAUGAAAAAUGAAAAUCAGAAAAUUCUCACUCCAUUAGUUAGCCUAGACACUCCUGGAAAGUCCACAGUAGAAGUGGUGAUCUUGUCUGACCCAGAUGGUCAUGAAAUCUGCUUUGUGGGAGACAAGGCUUUCAGGGAACUGUCCAAGGUGGACCCCGAAGGAAAGGAACUGCUUAAUAAGGCUAUGGCUGAAGAUAAAAGUGACGAGUGGUUUGCCAAAAACAACCGACAAAAAGCUGCUGCAUGAGAUGAAAGGGCUGGACGGGAACAUUGUACACCAUCAGUUUCCGCUCAGAUGAUGUACACGAUGCUAUAAAGGCACCUGCGGUGCUGUAAUGACAACUCGGUCAUCCUUAUUUGUGUAGUAUGAGCAUGAUUCUUCCCUGGAUGUGCACCGUGAUGCACAAUUGCAUUGACAGCGCUUUGUGAAAAGGACCACUUAUUUAAUUGUAUUGUUUAUGUUUAAUUUUUUGUUGCAGUGAAUAUUGUUCCCAUCGAUAAUGCAUAUAGGUGGGCAAAAAGUCAAUUAGAUUCAACUUACUUCACUUAAAAUGAUCGAAGUUUUGAUCGCACUUUACUGAUCAUUGCAUUCAGUAUCAUGUAGUAUACAUAUGCCAUUCAUGUAGUUGAGUUACACUGCAUCUAAUCACCUGUAAAGAUGAACAAAUAAAAAGUUAUUAUCUGUA